GCCAGAGCCAAACAAAAACAGGAAUCCAACAUAAAAGAACAGCUGGGACUCUACAGGGAAGUAACAGGGAGAAAACCAGAGGUUACAGGUGUGAAAGGAGAGAGAGAGAGAGAGAGAGAGCAGGUGAAGGACUAGAAAAUAAAACUAACUAGAUCUAACAAACCAAACUAGACACAACAAAUAAAAACUGGAAUCAAUAAGAAAGUACUGAACUAAAGUAAAAACUGAAACAAAGCUGAUCAAAUGAAAAUAAGAAACUAUAAGGAACACAGAAAUAAACAAACCCUAAAACAACUUAAACAGCCAAAGAUCCUGACAUGAUAAGAACAAAAUGCAAUAACUGUUGUUAAGGUAGCUGUUCAGUUGGAAAGCCACAGAUAAAAUAUUUGUAAGCCUCUUGCAGCAGGAUGGCUACAAGGCUAAUAAUCAACUUGUUGGACUUAUUGCUGUUGUAAGAGCAGAACAACAAAAAGGUUGCAUUUCUGUGCAACAAGAAAAUGUAUUCAAACACUACAACUAAAUUUAGCAAGUGUUGGUUUAGCUUUUACUGUAUGAAAAUAACAAAAAGAUUGUGAAUAACAUUAGUGGCUGCAUUAAACAAUAAUUUACUUUUCUGAAUCAGGAAAUGUUUCUUUUGCUUAAGUGAAAUACUGAAGUGCCAUAGCAGUUAUUUAUGUAUUAAACUUAAUGUGUCCUUGUCUUUCCAGUGCAUUUUCUGUUCCACAGUCAAAGCUGGUGUUUUUAUUUCCCUCACUGUAAAAUACCAACGGCACUAACACUCUGUAUCAUGUCUGUAUGAAUUGCUGUUGUCAUUUUCAAUAAGAUCACUUGUCACUGUGCAGAGGAAUAUCAAGCCUCGGUACCUGCUUGUUUCAUUUAUUUGGCGAGAGAUGCUCAUUCGUUGAAUCACUGCAGAGGAUGAAGCAUCCAGAGGAAAAUGGAGUCGUACUAAAUUAAAUAGAUUUGAUUUAGAAAAGUUGAUGAUACUAAGCUGACUUGCAUUUUUAUUUUCUUGCUUUCUCUGCCCUUGAUGAAGUUUGAUGAAAACUGAUCAUUUUUUUCUGAACUACUGAAAGAGGAGUCUGGAAGAGAAAACAUGAGAUUAAAAAAAAAGACAUUUGGAUUGUUUUAUCUACAAAUUUCAGGACAAAGAUUCCACAAAGCCUGCAAUCAAAACUGUUUUCUUUUUUUAAACAAAAAUGUUAAUAUUUGGAUCAAAUGAGAAAUGCUGUUUUCCUUUUGCAAAUAUUAUUCAAUUUGCGUAAAUUCUUGGAAAUAUAGCACAACUAUUUGCCACACAUUCUUAAUUGGAUUUAGGGCCAAAACUCAAUAAAACCCUGCAAAUGUUGGGGUCAAAUCAGCACGGGUUCUAAUUCUGAUUAGAGUAAAACAUCAGUUUUCCACUUUCAUAUCUUUACUCAGUUCUUCCUCUCACUUUCAGAGGGAGACAUUGAUUUUUGUCAUGCGUAAAUUUCUGCCCUUGAGGGUUUUUUUGGGGGGGUGGUUGAUGGGUUGGGGCCUGCAAUGGUGUGUACAUAACCACAAAACCUCCCUCUUCUGCCUGAGGUAGGAAAGGGUGAGGUCAGCUGGUCUCCAGACAAAGUGAAAAAAGGAAUCAAGAGCAUUAUCUUGAGCAUGUGAUGCUCGUCAUAAUCUGUGUGUGUGAGUGAAUGCAGGAAAUUGCACACUUUCUUCUGAGGACGGCCCCCAAAACGGCUGAACGAGUAGGCAGAAACCAGGGGAGAGCCGCCUGGGUGUGUGAAAGAGAAGGUCGACGGAGGUUUAGAAGCUGCUUAGAUGCAGAGGUUUGGAACGUAACAGGUUCUGUUUCUGUGAAAUAUCGCCACAGUGUUUGGAGACCAAAGUAACUCUUCAGCAUGAAGAACCUGCUUGAGUCUGUUGUCCUUUUUCACCUAAUGGGGGUGUGUUCGUCCCAGUUUCCUCGCCCGUGUGCCAACUCCGAGGGGCUGCGAACUAAAGAAUGCUGUCCAGUUUGGGAAGGAGACGGCUCGGCUUGCGGAGCUCUGUCGGGCCGCGGGUUCUGCACCGAGGUGCUGGUCUCAGAUGAGCCCAACGGGCCACAGUACCCACACACUGGGAUUGAUGACAGAGAGCGCUGGCCUUUGGCUUUCUUCAACCGUACGUGUCGCUGUGCCGGAAACUACGGGGGGUUUAACUGUGGAGAGUGCAGGUUUGGGUACUGGGGUGGAAACUGUGCUCAGUACAGGGAAUCAGUGCGGCGGAACAUCAUGACCAUGUCAACUGCAGAGCAGCAGAAAUUCAUCUCUUACCUCAACCUGGCUAAAAACACCAUCAGCCCUGACUAUGUCAUCUCCACAGCAACAAGAGCAGAGAUGGGAGAAAAUGGCGAGAACCCCAUGUUCUCUGACAUCAACACCUACGAUCUGUUUGUCUGGAUACACUACUAUGUCUCCAGAGACACCUUCCUGGGGGGGCCAGGGAACGUCUGGAGAGACAUCGACUUUGCCCAUGAAUCUGCAGCGUUCCUGCCCUGGCACAGAGUCUUUCUGCUUCACUGGGAGAAUGAGAUAAGGAAAAUUACAGGGGAUUUUAACUUCACCAUCCCAUACUGGGACUGGAGAAAUGCCCAGUCUUGUGAAGUGUGCACCGACGCUCUCAUGGGCGGACGCAACUCCCUCAAUCCCAACCUCAUCAGCCCUGCUUCUGUCUUCUCCUCAUGGAAGGUAAUCUGCUCGCAGCCCGAGGAGUACAACAACCGAGAAGUCCUGUGCAAUACCACUGGGGAGGGUCCACUGUUGCGUAAUCCUGGUAACCACGAUAGAAACCGCGUGCCGAGACUUCCUACAACAGCCGAUGUGGACUUUGCUGUAGGCCUACCUGAGUAUGAGACGGGAAACAUGGACCGUUUUGCCAACAUGAGCUUUAGAAACGUCCUGGAGGGAUUUGCCAGCCCAGAGACUGGCCAAGCAGUACCAGGCCAGAGCACCAUGCACAACUCCCUGCAUGUCUUUAUGAACGGCUCCAUGUCCAACGUCCAGGGUUCAGCCAAUGACCCCAUAUUCCUGUUACACCAUGCUUUCAUUGACAGCAUCUUUGAGCGCUGGCUCAGGACCCACCAGCCUCUCAGGAGCAGCUACCCACAAGCAAAUGCCCCUAUUGGACACAACGACGGAUACUAUAUGAUACCUUUCCUUCCACUCUACAGAAACGGAGACUACUUCCUGUCCAACAAGGUGCUAGGAUAUGAGUAUGCUUAUCUGUUAGAUCCAGGCCAGAGGUUUGUGCAAGAGUUUGUGACCCCCUACCUGGAGCAGGCCAAAGAAAUCUGGCAGUGGCUGCUUGGGGCCGGGAUCCUGGGGGCUUUGAUUGCUUCGAUUUUUGCCGUUCUGGUAGUCUUCGCAAGAAGGAGGUGGAAGAGGAGUCAGAGAAGGAAGAGGGCGUCGAGUUAUGGAGAGAGGCAGCCACUACUACAGAGCAGCUCAGAGGAAGGAUCGUCGUCGUAUCAAACCACUCUUUAACAAAAACAGCACAAAUAGCUGCAUAUGAAUGUUCAAACUAUGUUCAGGGUACUUCCAUUUCAAAAAGGCCAAUGGGAUGCAAAACAAAGCAAAUAAUUACAAUGAAUCAGGUAAUAGAUUCAGUUACAGAUCAACCAGUGAAAUCUCAUCAAGGAGAACAAAACAUGUUUUUCACGUCACCUGAAGUAUGUGAGCAGUUUGAUUUCCAGUAACUUGAACAGAACUAUUAUUUACCUCUCAUUUUACGACACUUUAAGAGUAAUUCUAAUUACAUGGGACAUGUAAACUUUAAGUUUGCCAAAUUAGGCAGAGUUUAAAUACUGUAAAAUUCCACUGCUGUUAAACUCGUGACCUCGAAGCGUCUCAGAGGAACUCCAAGUUACUCCUGGUCAAAAUUAUUGCCGUCCACAGACAGUGAGUCAUGUAAUCAUGCAGCUCUGCACUCAUCUCAUGAAUAAAUAUGAACCUGUGUUUUGUGAGUUCACAAUGGUGCUUAAAUAAUCCAGUGUAAAUAUGCAAAUAAAAGGCAAAUAAAGUGUUACAUUAAUACCCAAA